AUGUGCGAGUCCUUCUCCCUCUUCCACCCCGAGCCUGCCUCCUCCUACAUAUCUACAGCAGACUCCAUAUCUGCCUUACUCAACACUCUCAACCCGACGUUGGUGGUAGUAGAUCACAUGUUUGACGCGGCGAGGGAUGCGGUACUGAAGGGAAGAUGGAGGAGCGUGAGGCUGAGCCCGAAUACGGUCAAGGAUGUGGCGAUAGACUGUCAGGGCUGGGGCAUAUUCAAAUGGCCUUGCUUCGCAUCAGGAUACCCCUUCCCUCUCCCCUGGUAUCUUUUCCUCCCAAACACCAUCGGCCUCAUCCUCCCCAUCAUCUGCCUCAACUUUUCCCGUACCUUUGCCUCAUUCAACAUUGCGCGCAACAAGGCCGGCUACCCCGGCGUCAUCCCGCUCUACUCUUCUGGCGGACCGUUCCCCACAAAAGUACUGUGCAUGUCCACGCCAGAAGCCGACUUGCCCGCAAUCAUCCCAGAGAAGAUCAUCUGCUGCGGUCCCAUCCUCCAAGCCGUCUCUCCCUUGCCUGACCAAGACCCCGAGCUGGACCUCUGGCUCGCCCAAAGACCAACCAUCCUGAUCUCCCUCGGCUCCCACCUCAAACUCUCCCAUUCUUACGCCACCAACCUCCUCCGCGCCAUCUCUCAUCUCCUCUCCGCUCGUUCGGACGUGCAGGUACUCUGGAAAUUGGUCCCGGACGGCUCUUACGAUUAUGAAGCGUUCUCAGAAGAAGAGGGCGAGCUGGGGAGGGAGAAGGAGAAGUGGGGCGAGAGGCUUAAAGUCUUGAGAUGGCUCAAAGCAGAACCGUUUGCGAUAAUGAAUACUGGAAGGGUGAUCUGCUUUGUCAACCACGGUGGUAGCAACUCUUACCACGAAGCUCUUGCCACUGGCGUCCCUCAGAUCCUCCUCCCAGCAUGGCUAGACUGCUACGACUUUGCCUCCAGAGUAGGAUAUCUUCGGAACGGCGUAUGGGGCAACAAAAAUUCUGCCCCCUCAUGCUCUACUCCAGAGCUCAUCCGCGCGUUCGACGAGAUAAUCGGUCUCUCACCUCCAACCUCCUCCUCUUCCCCACCCCUCUUAUACCGACAACGCGCGCUCGAGCUUCAGGCAAUCGUCACUCGCAACGGCACGAGGCGAGGUCGAGAUGUGGCUGCCGAGGUGGUAUGGGAGGAGAUGGAGGAGGGGAUGAUGUGGGGUAACAAGUACGAGGAGGAUGAAGGGGGUAUGGAUGAGGGGGGUGAUAGCGUGAUGGUCGAUGGAGAGGAUGAAAAGAUCAUGGUGUGA